ACGCGCUCGAAUGUUUUUUUGUUGGGUCGGUUGGACAAAAAAAGUGCCGAGAAAACCUGGGAGAGGAGCCAAAUUUUCCCAGAUGUAACUGAAAACAGCCAUAUGGUGGAAGCGUCCUUUAACGGGAACUUGAGCCAGAAAGACAUUUUUAUCUCCAAGGUGCAUGCCAGACAGAUUUUAGGCACAGAGGGAGCCGAGCUUGACACACUAUGCGACUGCUAUCCUGAGCCGUAGUCCUUAUCCACAGGAAUCUAGAAACACUGUGGGGAGAGAAAAUACUGUACAAAGCGCAGAAACACUAUUUCAUAUCUGUUUAAUUGGAAGAAGGGAAAGAUUUCAACUUUUUGUGUUUGAGUACUUAUCUCUGAUAGCUGCUUUGAGCUGGUACGCUACACAUUCACACAUUUAAGGAAGCUGUACUUCUGUGUCACUCAGUAAUCCACUACAUUUUAAACACUAUCAGAAAGACACUCGUAGACACAGAACGAGACCUGUUGCAGAUCCUCUUUCACAUGCCUGGUGGCAGCCGACCACUUUGCUCCAAUGGAGAAUCGCAGCAGCAAAAGAACAAAUUGUAGAGGCCGCCGUUACCUCAGCAUCACCUGGGAGAUAGCCUAGCCUAGCCUAGCUUAGCUCAGCUCAGCUCAGGUCAGCACAGCCCCGCCAGCUCGUCCUUGACUCCUCCUCAACCCCAUCCUUCUCCUCCUGCGUCCCACGCAACGCCCCCCUCUUCCCUCUCUGCUUUUUUCCAAGUGAGUUGCCAUGGCAUCGGUGCGCUUCACGGUGACGCCCACUAAGGCGGAGGACCUCCCGGGGCUGUCCGACACGUCGCCUGACAUCAGCUCCCGCUCCGGUGCCCGCGUGCGCUUCGGCUCCAGGGAAAGCGUCAAUCGAAGUGACCCACUCAGUGAUGCGUCUGGUGGUUGGACGACGACUGCGGGAGGGGCGGAAACGCCGGACCACAGCAAUGUGGAUCAAGGUGACGGAAAUUCCAAAAUCUCCAGUGUGUACAUCAACAACACUCACGGGGUGGACGACGAUGACUUCUACGACAGAAACUUGGCCUUAUUUGAGGAGGAGAUGGACACUCGGCCGAAGGUGUCCUCUCUGCUUAAUCGCCUGGCCAACUACACCAACCUGACGCAGGGGGCCAAGGAACAUGAAGAGGCUGAAAGCAUCGGCGAGAAGAAGAAACCUGGCAAGUCGCCACAGAUGGGGACGUUUAUGGGAGUCUACCUGCCCUGCCUGCAGAACAUCUUUGGCGUCAUCUUGUUCCUGAGGUUGACCUGGGUGGUGGGAACUGCUGGGGUGCUGCAGGGCCUCUGUAUUGUCUUCAUAUGCUGCUGCUGUACUUUGUUGACGGCAAUAUCGAUGAGUGCAAUCGCCACUAAUGGAGUUGUACCAGCGGGAGGCGCCUACUUCAUGAUCAGUCGCUCUCUGGGUCCGGAGUUUGGGGGGGCGGUGGGCCUGUGUUUCUACUUGGGCACCACCUUCGCCGGAGCCAUGUACAUCCUGGGAGCCAUCGAGAUCCUUCUGAUGUACAUAGCACCUAAGGCAGCCAUUUUCGAGUCCAAGCACCCUGAAGGCGAAGGCGCAGCCAUGUUGAACAACAUGCGGGUCUACGGCUCCAUCUGUCUCCUCCUGAUGUCCCUGCUGGUCUUUGUGGGCGUGAAGUACGUCAACAAACUGGCCUCCAUCUUCUUGGCCUGCGUCAUCGUCUCCAUCAUCUCCAUCUACGUCGGAGCGCUGGUCUCCGCCUUCAAACCGCCACAUUUCCCUGUGUGCAUGCUGGGAAACAGAACGAUCAGCGGCCAUGAAAUUGAUGACAACCAGUGUGCGAAAACCGUCCUGCUGCAGAUCAAAGAGCCAGUGGAGAGAGCUGACGAGAACUUCACAACUGUUAGUGAAAACAGCACUGUGGGUCCGACUGUGGGUCCGACCUUUGACCCCAGCCCUGCUCCUGAUCUGGUGGAGAAGACCACAUAUCUCUGGAAGCAUUUUUGCCAGGGCCCUGAACUCAACGCUACCUGUGACGAUUACUUCAACUCCAACAAUUUUACCGAGAUCGAAGGGAUCCCCGGAAUGGCUAGUGGGAUCAUUUCAGAGAACCUGUGGAGCUCGUACCCCAGCAAAGGGGACGUGGUGGAGAAAAGCUCCCUCAGCUCCUCUCAUGAUGCACAUCCGGCCACCACUCAGCGGCCUUACGUGUUUGCUGACAUCACCACCUCCUUCACACUGCUGGUGGGCAUCUUCUUCCCCUCUGUCACAGGAAUCAUGGCUGGUUCCAACCGGUCGGGGGAUCUGAAAGAUGCCCAGCGCUCCAUCCCCAUCGGCACCAUUCUCGCCAUCCUCACCACCUCCAUCGUCUAUCUGACUAGCGUUAUCUUGUUCGGAGCCUGCAUCGACGGGGUGGUCCUCAGAGACAAGUUUGGAGACUCAGUUAAAGGGAACCUGGUGGUGGGGACUCUGGCGUGGCCGACCCCUUGGGUCAUUGUGAUUGGCUCUUUCUUCUCAACAUGUGGCGCAGGCCUCCAGUCGCUAACAGGCGCUCCCCGACUCCUGCAAGCCAUCGCCAAGGACAACAUCAUCCCCUUCCUUCGGGUGUUUGGCCAUGGGAAGGCUAAUGGGGAGCCCACCUGGGCCCUGCUGCUGACCUCCCUGAUAGCUGAGCUGGGGAUUCUCAUUGCCUCCCUGGACCUGGUGGCUCCCAUCCUUACAAUGUUCUUCCUGAUGUGCUAUCUGUUUGUGAACCUGGCCUGUGGUCUCCAGACCCUCCUGAGGACGCCCAACUGGAGGCCGCGUUUUUCCUAUUACCACUGGACUUUGUCGUUUUUGGGGAUGACUAUCUGCCUGGCGCUCAUGUUCAUAUCCUCCUGGUACUACGCAAUCGUUGCCAUGGUGAUCGCCGGCAUGAUCUACAAGUACAUAGAGUACCACGGAGCAGAGAAAGAAUGGGGGGAUGGGAUCCGCGGUCUCUCGCUCAGUGCUGCCCGAUAUGCCCUCCUGAGGUUGGAAGAGGGACCACCGCACACCAAGAACUGGAGGCCCCAGGUGUUGGUCUUACUCAAACUGGACGAGGACGCCCAUGUCAAAUCUCCUCGCCUGCUGACGUUUGCCAGCCAGCUGAAGGCGGGAAAGGGCCUGACCAUCGUUGGCACGGUCGUCUCCGGCAACUUCCUACAAAGCUACGGCGAGGCCCUCGCUGCCGAACAGACUCUGAAGCAUCUGAUGGAUAAGGAGCGCGUGAAGGGCUUCUGUCAGUGUAUCGUGGCUCAGAAGCCGCGCGAAGGUAUCAGCCACAUGAUCCAGUCCAGCGGCCUGGGAGGAAUGAGGCCCAACACGGUGGUGAUGGGCUGGCCUCAUGCCUGGAGGCAGAGCGAGGACCCACAGUCCUGGAAGACCUUCAUCAACACAGUGCGGGUGACCACGGCAGCCCACUUGGCCCUGCUGGUCCCCAAAAACAUCUCUCUGUUCCCCAGCAACAGCGAGCCCUGCACAGAGGGCUACAUUGACGUCUGGUGGAUUGUCCAUGAUGGGGGGAUGCUGAUGCUGCUGCCCUUCCUGCUGCGCCAACACAAGGUGUGGCGCAAGUGUGGCAUGCGAAUCUUCACAGUGGCCCAGAUGGAGGAUAACUCCAUCCAGAUGAAAAAGGAUCUGGCAACCUUCCUUUAUCACCUGCGCAUUGAGGCUGAGGUGGAAGUCGUCGAGAUGCAUGACAGCGACAUCAGUGCAUACACCUAUGAAAGGACCCUGAUGAUGGAGCAGAGGUCUCAGAUGCUCAGACAGAUGCGACUGUCUAAAUCAGACCGGGAAAAAGAGGGAAGUCCUGGUAGCAGCAGCAGUAGGCCAAAAGCAGGUGGAGCUACAAGGUCUCAGCGGGUGCGCUGGAGUUUUGAUGAUGUAAGUUCACUGGGUAGUAGAGCAUCAGCUGUAUUUAACGAUAUAGAGCAGUUUAGACGUAGUGACCAUCGGAUACUUUGUUAAACCCAGUUCAGACCAGAGAUUCGGGAUGAGUUAAAUCGAAACUUUCAACUGCUUCUGGCCCGCCGACUAAUUCUCCUGAAGUGGAAGGACAGGGCUCCACCCUCACAUGCUUGUUGGGUCAGAGAGGUGACGGCUCACCUAGAAGAGCUGAGAUAUAGUAUAGAUAGUCAAGGCGUGGCAGCCCUUUCUGGACUACUUAAACAACCUUCCAUGUGCCAGGUUGACUGAAUAAGGCCUUCAACCCCACCCCCGCCCCUUGAGCAGUUAGUUUGUUGAUCUUAUCUGAGUAAAGUUUAAGGCUUUAGUCACACAGACUAGGGAUGGGCAUGAGCACUCAAGUACUCUAUUUGUAUGCCAGCAUUCAUUUAAUGUAUAGCGUAAUCACUGUCCGACCUCCCACAUGUUUAUCAUGAGACUACUGCAGGAGUAUGAGCUCCACACUGGGGAACAAUUGAUGAGAGUCUGCCUGCUCACAAACACACACACAAACAGUGACAGGGCUAACUGUUAACAUCAUAUGGCUAACAUUACCUACUGAGGCGAGUUGUUUCAAUGUCGGUUAGUUUGUUGGGACUGUCAAACGGCUCGGUGCUGGAUGUUAGCCACUGCUGCUGUGUUAGCUCAUGCUAAAUGGGCAGACGUUGAACUGACCAGGAGGACAGCGGCUCAGGACUCCUGAGAGCCUGGAGCCAUAAUAACACUCUUUGUAUUUGUUUUGAUUCUUGUUUAAACAGUGGUGACUUUGUGUCAAUAGAUGCAGUGUUGUUGUUUGUACAUGGGAUGAGCAGCAGGUGUGUGCCAGGGGAGGCAAACAGUUUUUUGAAUACGUUAAGUGUGGCAGCAUAAAGAGUUUGUAGUGUGGAAAGUGGAAUUAAUGGAAACUCUACAACUUGUUUUCCGUUGUACAUCGUAGUUUUGUUUUUUUUGGGUUUUUUUUUUGAGUACUCGAAUACUCUAUAAUAAUUUAACGCAAGCUUUAAUGUGAGUGCUCAAAUAGAAGUUACUUAAAAUGCCCAUCCCUUAUACAGACAUGGCUGUUCCUCAGACAAACUGAUGAUGUGAUCGUCUCUUUCCUCCAUCCAAAACUCUGCCAUUUCACCCAGCUGACAGUUUGUAACUGACUCGACCAGGAGACUUUGCCACAAGCUGUUGGGCUAUUGACAACAGGUGACUUGCGUUUCGUUCUAAAACCAGCCACUCGGUGACAACAUCAGCCAACUGGAGUCGAACUGAGACGCACCAGUUCACACAACUUUUUCUUUGCGACGUUCUGACACUGAUUCAUCUCAUCAUGAAUUUUUGGUCUGAACUGGGCUUUAAAGCAAAGAAGUUUCCUCGAUCACAUGGUUUUAGAUCAGUGAAUACCUCUGAAUCCUUCAGAAGAAGCGCCAUAGUGAAUGAGAAGUGUCUUUAAGCAGCGUCUUGCUUAAAGACACUUUCUGCUGCUUGACAGCUGUACUGUAGUUGACCCUGACCUGUGACCUCUUUGGUGAAAAAGGGGCGAACUAAAUGAGAAUGAAGUACUCAUCUCAUCUGAAAUUUUCAGUUCUUUAUAACAUUCUUUAUCUGAAGGAUUCAAUGAAGAAUUCGUCAAAUAAUGAAGUUAAUAAAUGCAGAUCUGGGUCAAAUGUACUUCUUGUUACUUAACAAACUUUGUGUCUCUUGGCCGACUUGAAAAAAGAGUAAUGCCUCUCCUUUCAUUUCACCUCACCUCUACUCUUUUAAUCACUCCCUUCUGAGUUUAAGUUGUCAUUUGACUCAGGUCUUUUCAGGAACACUAAUGUUGUUGUCCCCGUAGUCAUCCUCCAGUGCUUCUGCUAGAGUAGACGCAGCCUGUCUUCUGUAUUAGUGAGUUAGGUGACCUUGUGUUGUCCGUAGGUGUAUCUUUCCCCCAGGUACUGGAGUACUGGAGUCAGCACCUCAAACACCUCCAAAGGAAACAAAGACAGACAGGUACAAAGAGAAAGACAGAGAGAGA